UGGCAGCAAGUGAAAAAGAGCGGAAAGACGGCCGGUUUGAUCCUGACGAACUACAUUGACGGAUGCAUAGACUGGUCAGUGGACUUGAAGACGUAUCGUGUGUUGGCCGGAGAGCCUCUGAGGGUGAAAUGCGCUCUGUUCUACAGCUACAUACGCACCAACUAUAGCGUGGCCCAGAAUGCCAAGCUGCGGCUCAUCUGGUACAGGAACAAGGGUGAUUCUGAGGAGCCAAUCAUCUUCUCGGGUCAUCGGCUGAGCAAGGAGGGAGAUUCCAUUUGGUUCCGCUCAGCAGAGAUGGAGGACAAUGGAUUUUACACUUGUGUGCUCAGAAACUCAACGUACUGUAUGAAGGUGUCCAUGUCACUGACGGUGGAGGAGAGUGAAGAGGGACUCUGCUUUAGCAGUCGAAUACGUUACCAGGAGAGGGCCGAGAUCACCAAGAGCAAAAUGAUUACCUGCCCUGACAUUGAUGACUAUCUCGCCCCCUACAAGCAGCCUAUCAUGACCUGGAACAAGGAAUGUCAGAGGCAAGACUGGAGGAGCUCCAUAAUCAUCAACACCACCAGUCUGUGGAUCCCAGAUGUGCAGGAAGAUGAUGGAGGAAAUUACACAUGUGAACUUAAAUACGGCAGCAGAGUUGUGAGGCGGACCACAGAGCUCAAAGUCACAGUUGGUGAUGCUUCAAGCAAGUACCUGUAUAGCCCAAGAAGUUCUCAACAGUUUUGUAGAUGAAACUCUUUUCCUCACAACAAUGUUAUUCCAUGUCUUCACAACACUUAGAAUUGGUAAAUAUAGUAAAUAAAAAUAGAGCUUUUUUAUUCCUAUUAAUGUUCACAUACAGCAAAGCAUUCCAAUGCAACUUUUUUUUUGAUUACAUCAA